AAUUCUCUGUCUACAAGUUUCCUUCCUGUGGAAACUGAAGCUAAAAGGAACGAACAGAAAAGCUACUAUAUCUGAUUUUUCAUUUGAAAAAAAGGCAAACUCUGGCGAACGAGAGAGAAGACAUUUCACCUCUUCGUCCCCCUCAUCAGAACUUCCGUUUAUGUUUGUGUCCCUCACUCUCUGCAAUCGCUCUGAGGAUUAAAGGAUAGUGGAAUACUGAGUUUUGUUGGAUGGGUAAUAAACUUGGGAGGAGGAGACAAGUGGUAGAUGAAAAGUAUACGAGGCCACAGGGGUUGUAUAAUCAUAAAGAUGUAGAUCACAAGAAGCUGAGAAAGCUGAUACUCGAAUCAAAGCUUGCACCCUGCUAUCCUGGAGAUGAAGAAUGUACCAAUGAUCUUGAAGAAUGCCCAAUAUGUUUUCUGUAUUAUCCAAGUUUAAACCGAUCAAGAUGUUGCACCAAGAGCAUUUGUACGGAGUGCUUUCUGCAGAUGAAAGUUCCAAAUUCAACUCGGCCUACACAAUGUCCUUUCUGCAAGACAGCAAAUUAUGCUGUGGAGUAUCGAGGUGUGAAAUCAAAGGAAGAAAAGGGAUUGGAACAGAUUGAAGAACAACGUGUUAUAGAAGCAAAAAUUAGGAUGCGGCAGCAAGAGCUUCAGAAUGAAGAGGAAAGAAUGCAGAAAAGGCAUGAAAUAAGCAUGUCAAAUGGAAAUGUAACACCUGCAGAUGUUGAAUACAGUUCAAAUGCUGUGGCUGCAUCGUCAAUUUCUGUUGUUGAAGGCGAGGAGAUUGUGGCUUCUCAAGAUUCAUGUGUCACCCCACUGAUUAGACCACCUCCAGCUGCUAGGAGCAAUAGGGAUGAUGAAUUCGACCUUGACCUUGAGGACAUUAUGGUCAUGGAAGCAGUCUGGCUUUCCAUUCAGGAGAGUGGAAGGCAGAGAAAUUUAUCUUAUCCAGCUUCUGGACAAUACACAAUGGGUGAUAACUAUGAUUCAUCUGCAAUGGCUCCUCAAACUGGAUCCUCGUCAUCACCCUCUGGGGGCCUUGCUAGUGCAAUUGCUGCUCUUGCAGAGCGUCAGCAAGUGGGGGGAGAAUCAUUAACUAGCGCCAAUGAGGUAAAUACGCCAUCAUUCAACAUGGUACAAGGUGCCAAUAGGUUUUAUAGUCCGUUGGGUAGAGAAUCUGGUAGUUAUCCGCCUACAGACAGCAGCAAUGAGGCGCCGCCUGAUAGCUCAUCGACAGUGAGUGGGGUUCAUGGGGAAUGGUCCAUGGACCCUGAACCACAGGUGGCUGAAACAGCAAGCAGUUACACAAGGACUGUUGCAGCGGAUGGUAGCAGAUUAUCUUCUUUACCACAGCCCGAUGACAUUGAAGGGAGCCCUGAAAAUGCCACAGAACCUAUUGUUCCUGAGAGUUUUGAGGAGCAGAUGAUGCUAGCCAUGGCUGUCUCUUUAGCCGAGGCUCGAGCCAUGCCAAAUGGACAAGGCGCUUCGUGGCAGUAGGUUUUGGUCAAGGUGCUUGUUUAGUCUUUUUCUUAAAUUGAUGGUGCUUGCAUUGCCAUGGCUAUUUGGUCAGCGAAGUAUUGGUUUCAGAGUUUGAGCAAAGUUCACCCUGUGUGGGACUUGUUCAAAAGAUGAGGGAAAGAUUCUCUUUGCACACAUAUUCAUAUAUAAAGAUGUCAUUGGGAAACAAUUUAUUCUAAUUUGUCAAAGGUUUUUGCCUGAUGUUUCCUUCUGUAUUUUAUUUCUUGUCCUCUCCCCCCUUCAUUUGCUUUCUGUAAAUAAUGUUCCAAAAUUUAACAUAGGCCCUGAUAGAUUUGUUUCCAUUAUUAUUGUUUACAUGGCACAUUUUAAACAUAUACUAAACAGGAAAGGAAUUGAAAUUGCCA